AUGGUAAUUAACAAAUUAAAUAAUACUAUUGGAUCAUUAUUUUAUAAUAUCUUAUUAUUUAUUGCAUUUAAUAUUUUAUUAACUAGUGAUUCGUUGUUUGUUGAUGGAAAAAAAUUAACAGAUUUAUUAUGGGAUCCACAAAAUGAAAUAUUCAAUAAUAACAACAAUAUUAAACCUGUUAUACAAGCACAUAUUAUGGAUAGAAUUAAAAUAAAUUGCCCCAAAGCUAGAGAAAAUGAUAGAAAAUAUAAAUAUUCUAAAUUAUAUAUUGUUUCAAAAGAAGGUUAUGAAAAAUGUUCAUUAAUAAAUUCAAAAAUUAUUGGUACAUGUAAAAAUCCAAAUUUGACUAGUUCAAUAAAUAUUGUUUUUCGGGAAGUUUCCCCACUAGUUGGUGCAUUUGUUUUUAAACCAGGUGAAGAUUAUUAUUUAAUUUCAACAUCAACUGGAACAUUAGAUGGUAUUGAUAAUACAGAGGGUGGAUUAUGUUUAACUGAUAAUAUGAAAAUUAAAUUUGAAAUUCAGGAAAAAGAUCAAAAAUUAAGUAAUGAAAAUUCGCAAACAAAUAUUGAAAAUAAAUAUAUAGAAAAGGAUGAAAGUAAUUCGAUGACGGCUGGAUUAUUACAAAGUUUUAAUGAUGAUACAGCAAUCGUCUAUAAAAUUCAUAAUGCUGAUGUGGAAUAUAAUGAUGAUGAAUUAUAUGGUUAUAUAAAUUCAACUAAAAAUAUUUCUUUAAAUUAUAAUAUUUUUAUGAUAUAUUUAUUUUUCUUUAUCAUUAGUUAUAUUUUUUUUCUUAUAUAA